GGCAAGUGGAAGAGCGGAGCGCGUCGCGGCGGGAUGGGGGCCGGCGGGGGCUCGCCGGGGCAGGCUGCCUGUCUGCGGCAGAUCCUGCUUCUCCAGCUGGACCUCAUCGAGCAGCAGCAGCAGCAGCUGCAGGCCAAGGAGCGGCAGAUCGAGGAGCUCAAGGCCGAGCGGGACACGCUCCUUGCGCGGAUCGAGCGCAUGGAAAGGCGGGUGCAGCUGGUGAAGAAGGACAGCGAGCGGGAGAAGCACCGCAUCUUCCAGAGCUUUGAGGUGGAUGAGAAGCCGGAGGUGGAGGUGUGUGAGAAGCUGCCACUGGAGUGUCCCCAGGACCUGUUGGAGCCCCCUCCAACCCUGCAGCCCAAGCACUUCCCUUACGGCAGGAACGGGAAGGGGCACAAAAGGAAGCCAACAUUUGGGAGCUCGGAGAGGAAGACGCCUGUUAAAAAACUGGUGUCUGACUUCUCAAAAGUGAAGAGUAAAACUCCGAAGCACUCCCCAGGGAAAGAGGAAUCCGGCGGCUCCUUGUCUGAAACUGUUUGUAAACGAGAACUGCGGAGCCAAGAGACUCCUGAAAAACCCAGGUCGCUCCUGGAGACCCCGCUCCGAGCCUCAGCCCCGCCAAAGGGCCCUGGCACCCAUCCCAAGGAGAAGGGCUUCUUCAGCAGCGAGACAGACGACCUGCCCUAUCUCACAACCACAGAAAUGUACUUGUGCCGCUGGCAUCAGCCACCCCCAUCACCGCUGCCAUUGCGGGAGCCUUCCCCAAAGAAGGAGGAGACUGUAGCAAUUCCAUCUUGGAGGGACCAUGUUGUGGAGCCCCUGAGAGACCCCAACCCCUCGGACAUCCUGGAGAACCUGGAUGACAGUGUCUUUUCCAAGCGGCACGCCAAGCUGGAGCUGGAUGAGAAACGAAGGAAAAGGUGGGACAUUCAGCGGAUCAGGGAACAGAGAAUCCUACAGCGUCUGCAGCUCCGAAUGUACAAAAGGAAAGGGAUCCAGGAGUCGGAGCCUGAAGUUACCUCAUUUUUCCCUGAGCCAGAUGAUGUUGAAAGCUUGCUCAUCACCCCAUACCUGCCUGUCGUUGCCUUUGGCCGCCCCUUACCAAAACUGACCCCACAGAACUUCGAGCUGCCCUGGCUGGACGAGCGCAGCCGCUGCCGGCUGGAGAUGCAGAAGAAGCAGACACCUCACCGGACCUGUCGGAAAUAACGGGGCCACCGGGGAGCUCCGGGUGUCUCCGGGUGGUGCUGGCAGUCGCUGCCCUCUCCUGCCUUCUCGCUGGCGGGUGGCUUCGUUCCUCUGUGACCCUGGUUCUGUUCUCUUGGGUUUUGUGACACUCUCCAUGGACUCAUCCCCCAGAGGCACCGGGCCAGAGGGGGCAGUGCUGGGGGGCAGCGGGCAGACCCCAGACCCCUCCUGCCCCUGCCCAGUGACGUUAGUUAGAAGCAGAAUAACUCCAGUUCGUGUUGGGGCAGGGCUGGGGGUGGCAGUGGCACUGCCAGGAGGUGCCGGUGCUGCCGGUGUCUUGCCAUGGGGUGCCGGGAAGUGCCAGGAAACCUCUUUGGGGUUUUUUUUGUUUUCUGCCCCUCUAGGGUGGCUGUAAAUGGGGGUUGGAGGAUGG